AAAAAAAAAAAAAAAUCAUACGCGAAGCACAUCUUGGCAUGCAAAACGAACAAUCAGUAGCAUUUGGUUCAUUGGAGCGAAAGCUUUUGUCUUUUCUUCCACCUAAUUUGUCAGUAGAUGGACUGUAUUCGUCAUUGAGACAUGGAAGUCUUCAAAGGCCUAUUGCAUGGUCUUACAAGAAUGUUGCCCUUGUACCCUCAUGGGUACCAGACAAAAAAGUCCCAGGACUCAUGAACCCCUCCUUACGGAUGUUUUCGCUACUAAUAUCUGAAGGAGGAAAGGGAAGACUUUGGGACACAUGCAUGGAAGAUAUUUCUAUGGUUCAUGGACAGAGUCGUCUCACCCAUACUUUGUGGGAUCCAUCAGCAAACCAUUUCGCUACCAUAGAUGAAAAGGGCAAGAUUGUUAUCUGGACGAACAAGAGAUAUCUCAAUGCAUGGCUUCCAGCAUACAUGGUCGUGUUAUUUGCACCUGUCGUCUGCUGCGAAUGGAUUAAUCCGGAGCGAAUGUAUGUGGCAUCAAAGACAGACGGAACUACGAAAUAUGAGCGCGAAAAGACAGGAAGACCAAGGAAUCCUAUGACAUUGUUGGUUUUGACUUCUGAUGGCCAGUUGACAGAAAUCUUUAAACCUGCAGCGGGUGUCUACACACAUGUCUCAAUAAAUCUACCACGCCGAUCAAUAAUUGAGGAUGUAACAACUUCUCGGAUAACUCAUGGAUCUAUGCUGAGUGGUGUUGAUGGAAUACACCUCAUUACACAUCAUGGAGACAUUCUGCCAUCUACCGUGAAUAUGUAUCAAAUUGACCUCCGAUUCCAGCCGGAGCUUGUUUUUCGCUGUGAAGCCUUAGCUAUCCUGCAUAUUUCAAAUCCUUUGACCGGACCAGGCUCCAUCAUGACGCCAGGGGUUAUGCUACACUUGAAGCUCCUACCUCCAAUAGCAACGAGACCACUAUCUAUAGCAAUAGCAUUGGCAUCAAUGGAAGAAAACUUGAAUGGCGAAAACACAUACAAAUGUCAAGUUGUUGUGUGGGAUGUGGCGCCGAAGGUCAUGGGAUUUCAUCCGGCAUUCCAGGGACUAUCUACUCGCCGGAAUGAUGCUGUAUCCGGGCAGUCUUCACUUACAUUCGUGUUACUUGGAGAGCGAAGAUUCGAUGGCAAGUUUAUUUCGACACUAAAUUUUGUACCAAAAACAAGGGAGCUUCUUGUCGGCUUCUCUGAUGGCAGUGUACUUGGGCUGGAAAGUCGGUUUCCAGGAUUAUCAGACUCGACACAGACUCUUUUAGAGGGAUUCCGCUUACCGAAAGAUGAGACCUCUGCUGUCGCUAUCUCACCAUCGCCGAAUGGGCUUUACCUCCUCUGCUCUUUUCUAGAUGGAAAAAUUUCAACCAUUGAUACCUCAGAAACUACGGGCUACGACCUGGAUAUGGAAACAAUUAUACAGUAUACAGUUUUGGCACUUUUAAAUGAUAUUGAUUAUUCCGACAUUGUAGCUGUUAUUGUCAAGGCAGCCAGGAUUUCAGGAGAUGAUCAACUUCCUGACCGGUUUUUGGAAGGAGUCUUCAAGAGCUACGAACAUAUUAAAGGUGUAGAAGACUCCAGUAUGCUUGAGCCAUUCAUGCCAAAAGCUUCGGUCAUGAGGCGUAUGCUUUCGCUUCAACUCGUCUUAUUCCAGGCGUUACCUAAGAAGAUUGUUCAAUACCGUCUUACAAACGCGCUUUUACAUCUGCAAUCCAUCGGGGAAACCCUUUCCGGCUGUUGUACUUCAGACCCAGCGACAUUGGCGGCACAUUUGGAUCCUGCGUCAAAUAUGAUAUUAGGACAAAAGCCACUUGCCUUUGACAUCAAUUCUUUGUGGUCGUUAUUUCCUCUAUGCGGCUGGGCAUUGGACUUUUGCACAAUUCUUUUCCGAGAGUUACUCGUAUUCCUGGAAAUGAGGACCCCAAACCCUGCAGGGACGACGACGUCGACUUCAGCUUUGUUGCAAGGCGUUCUUCAGGGUCAGAGCAGCCAUUCCCUUGCAGUAGGGUCAGCGAUGAUACCUAAGCCGACUCUACUCUCCUUCUUGUACCAUAGUCGAGCAAGAAACACUCUUUGGAAUGUUUUGGUGUUGGUGGAGCAAUUUCACCAGUAUAUACGUAUCAGAGAUCAACUAUAUCAGCGCGUGAGGCACGCGAACAGUGCUAUUGAUGGACCUAGUGGACCUGGACAGGAAAAGCCUAAUCAUACCAACUCUAUGAGCAUACCUGAGGCUUUUGCUAUGAAAGAGCUCCAUAGCUUAACCCUUUCUCAAUAUGUGGAAGCGGCUUUUACAAGGUGUCCAAUUAAGAUCGGAACUAUUAAACCACUACUGAGGGAACUAAAUUCGAUCGGCAAUCAAGCAGAUGUUAAAUCUGUUAAUGGAGGGGCUAGCACACUAUUGGAUAGAACAGCAUCCGAUCAUAUGAUAUUUAUCAAAGGUAUUCCCCCAUUUAUCAACAACAAUAGCUCGUUGGCACAGGCUAAAGCAGAGCUAAGAACCAUUGUGAGAAAGUAUCCAACGUUGUGGGAUAUGAAUCGGCUGGUUUUUGCCAACAUCCAUUGGCUUGAUCUGGAACCUGCGGAUGUACUAAGACCUGUGUCAUUGUCUUCAGAUGUGUCAUCGAAAGUCAGCCCGAGGGAAAGGACGUUGGCAAUGCAUCCAGCUAGAUGUCGCAUUGACCCUGUGACGGCUCUCAAAACAAGAGGUCUUGGUCAUGGUGGUACUUUGAGUUCUACUACUGGGCUGUCAGGGCGUGGGCCUCACAGCACUCUUCAACACCAUAUUUCUAACGUCAGCACUACGAGCAACAUCUCGGCAGGUUCUCGUGGGUCGAUUGAUGGGCAGAUUUCUGGAAGAACAAAUACUUUACCCUCAAAGACCUAUACGGACUCUCCAUCUGAGCUACCCCAGCAACUACGACAACCAUCAGUAUCACAACCAUUUACGGAUGGCACAUCUUUGAUGAUGAACACAGUAGGCUCAGGAUCUCAUGGGACUGUAGGUGGUGGUUCGUUCGAUUUAGGCAAUUCACCAGUUGAUCCAGGGUCUAUAUGGGGUAUUGCAUUGGAUGAAAGUGAUGAUGAUUGGGAAGAAGCAAGACCAUCUUAUAAUCGCAUUGAAGCACAUGUAGACAGUUCAGAGAUCAUAAAGUCUAUAUGGCGGAACUGGACUCCAGCGCUACAAGCUCAACAACCAUCAUUGCCUGGAUAUGAUCAUGACGAUAUUGGAAAGGACGAAGAUAGAAUAGAUGCAGAGCCUGUACCCGAUGAUGACGUUCUUUUGGAGGACGAAGGAGAGGAAGAUGAAGAUCGAUAUUCGGAUGAAGAUAUGCAAGACACCGCGCUCUUGUAUAACGGUGUCAGACGCGAUAGUAAAGGCGGGGUAGGAGGGGCUGGAGUGGAUGUCCCUAACCGUAGCAGGAGACCAUCCUUGGCAACGGCCUUAACGCCUUCAUGUCAGUGGCUCCUCCAAGAGUCGCAGUCAAUUACCAAGCGAACACGGUCAGAGUGGACAGUUUUCCCAAUCCUUAAUGACCAUCGACCUUACACAGGAGAUAUUACAGGUAGUGGCCAAGGGGGUUCUGGUAGCGGCAUCGGAGCCAAUAGUCGAGAAAUGAAGAACAGUCACCAAUUAGCCUGGGUAGGAUUACGUGGACAUUUGACGCCAUUGGACCUACAACCAACGGAAAAUUUGAGCUAUAUCCGGUCACAAGCAGAUAUUGAGGCACAGGUUCGGAAGAGACGCUUUGGCGUUGAUCCAAUUCGUAAGGUUAAGAAGUACAAGACUACUGGCAAUGGAAGGAGAUGUAUCCGUUGUCAUCAAGUUGCCAUGAGUAACACAAACAAUAGAUCGGUCUCAGGCGGCCCCAAUAACGUUAGGCGUCCUAUAUUACCUCAUCAGAUUGGGAGCACACCUACAGUCAUACCCGACAUUGCAGCUUCUACACUGUGGUACCAUAACUAUGAUAGAUCAUGUAUCUGUGGAGGGAUGUGGCUAGAGCUCUAAUCAGUCCUCUUUUCACACGCAAAGCAUAUUUACAAAAAUUAAAAAUUAAAUAUUUGAAUAAUAAAAAGAUGAAGUGAGGUUUAGAACGAC